UCUCACCAUUGCACUCCAGCCUGGGCAACAAGAGCAAAACGCUGUCUCAAACAAAAAAGAAAGAAAGAAAUUAGAAUCUUGAAGGCCAUCUUUGCAGAGGAGAGCCAGAGAGAAACUGUCUGUGCCUGCCGUUCUCAGCAGUCCCUUUGAUGUGGCUGCUAUGUUGAAAUGAUUCCUUUCCUCCGGCUGCGGAGUGUGUCUGGACACAUACUGCCUGUCUGUCUCUGCACCCCGUUCCUCCCUCAGGCCUGUGCCCGAGGAUUCUGUUCAGAUGAAUCCUGGCUGCAGGCCUCUGGCUGGGGUGUGCUCUGGGUCUCGAUUCAACCCAGGCAAGGGCAGGGAGGAGUCCUGGAGAUCGUUCUGCACUCUGGCCAGUUCUCAGUUCCGCCCCAUCCAUGAGUCUUUCAGGGCAAUGUGACGUGCCAAGGCCCACACUCAAGGUCUGUGGUCCAGAAUGCAUCUCAGGGCAAGGGCCCAUGAAAGACUCCCCAGAGGAGCAGGGAAGGAAGACAAGUAUGCAGGGGCGGGGGAAGGGGAGGGGAAGGAAGGAAAGAGAAAGGGAGAGACAGAUACAGAAAGGCACGUGCAGAAGCCUGCUACAGCUGGGCUCUGCUGAUGGGGGGUUGAGUCCCAGGCUUUGAUCUCCUAGGUCAAUGUUGUUUAGCCUGCAAAAAAAUCUGCCUGCUGCCACGUUUGCAGACUGUAGCAUGAGUUCUCAUGUCUGUUCCAUCAUUCAUUGUUACAGCAAAUAUGUACUAAGCACCUACUAUGUGUUAUAGAAACGGGGGAUACAGCAGUAAAUGCAACAGACCAAAUCCCUGUCCUCAUGAAUAUACUACCCAGUGAGCAGCUAGCCCAUAUCUAUAAAACGUGUACUCUUGUUAUGUGUAAUGUGCUACGUAUGUCAGAUGGUGAAAAUAAAGUUCUGAGAAACACACAGAUAAAGCAGGUGUGGCAGAUGCUGGUGCAGACAGGAGUGUGGGGAGGCUUUUCUGAGAAGAUGAUACUUAAGCAGGGGCGUGGAUGGGGCGAGGGAGGAGCCCCGUGGGUAUCUGCGGGAAGAGUAUUCUGGCAGAUGGAAUAGCAAGUGCAAAGCCCUGGUGGAGGGGUGGCUUGGCCUGUGAGGACUGCAAGGAGGCCAGGCUGGACAGUGCAGAGAGGGCGAGGGGUCAGGAGGGGCAGAGCUUGGAAAGACAAGGCUGUGUCACUGUAAGGGGCUUUGGCUUUCUGCCAAGUGAAAUGGGAGCCACUAGAGGCUUAGAGCGGAGCACUGAGACCCUCUGAUGUACACUUUUAGCAGGGUGAGAAUAUACCCCAGUGGGACACAGGUGGAGCCAGGGAGCCCCAUGUUAAAGCUGUUACAGCAGUUCAGGACAGAGAUGGCGGUGCUUGAGCUGGGAAUGGCUGUGGAGAUUGGGGAGAGAGGGAUCUACGUGCAGGAGAUGGCUGACAUGAGCACGGCCAAGCUGUAUUCGGGGCUGCUGGGGGUGGGCGACGAGAUCCUGGAGGUCAACGGGGCCAAGGUGGCAGGGCUGGGCUUGGCUCACAUUAAGGAGCUGCUGGCCCACUCAGAGAGCUUGUCAAUCCGUGUCCUGAGGCAGAGACCUGUACCACGGUGACCCAGAAGUGCCACUGCCCUCACUGCCACCGCCUCGGAAGCCCUGAGCCACUGAGGGUGGUUGGCUGGGAACAUGCUGCCAAGCUGCCCUGUGCCGGAAACAUGGAUCCUGCUGGCGUCUAACCCCUUGCGUUGUGGCAGGGCUUCUGCGAUGGACUGCCUUAGGGAGAGGCAAGGAGCCUGUUUGCAUAUGUGUUUUAAGGACAUUCAUGCAGAGCUAGAGAAAAAAAAAAUGGGUCUCCUUCCAUGUCUAAGGGGGUGUCAACAUUGACUUGUACCUUUGUUGGUGGGGGGCGGGGGGAGAGAGAUUCAGUGGACCCUUUGGUUGCUGCCUGAGAGCCGGCCCCGCCUCCUGGUCCCACUCCCCAUCAAAGGCUACCCCAGCCUCCAACACUGUGGAACCAAAGAAAGCUCAUGUCCAUGUUGGCCUUGACCCUCCCCUUUUUCAUCUAUGUUCUUCCCUACUCCCAUUCACUGCCUUUGCCCUUUAUCCAGAAAUGGGCAGUGUCCUGGAGUACCAGCCUUACAGCUAUUGACUGUAUAUGCCCAACCAAAAUCAGAACGUGUGGUCUGACAGUUUUAUGCCCUUUCUGGGUAUGGGAACACCUGGGAGAUGUUAUCUGGUAGCCAGAAUAUUAAACAUUUCUAGGAAAUUUUUUUGAUAUAAAGUUGAAAAAAAAAAAUGAAGACCAAUUUCAGGACAUGCUACUGUAGUAGCCAGGAUCCAGCCAGUGGGACCGGCCAGACCAGCCCCAAGCUGCCCACCUGCUGCCUCUGCCCAGAUGGAGGCAGGAGUCGCUGCAGCCGGGCCUGUGCGGCCUCGUCAUAGUUCUCCUGUCCAGCUUGGAGACAGGGCUGCAUCGGUGCCUGGCCAUCACACAGCUGUACACUUUCUGCCCAGACCUCCUGGCAGUGCUGUCAGUGGGCAGGUGGGUGGCUGUGGAGGGCGGGGAUGGGCCAUCUGCCUGGGCCUCAGCACUGCCUGGACGGCUCCUCUUCGGGAGUGGAUGGCCAUGUAUCAGUCUUAACUUAUUAAAACGCAAGGCUGAAGCUUC